AACUUUAAAUUUUAAAAAGAUACUAUCAAAAAUCAGAACAGACCUUGAUGCUGAACAUGGAUGCAAGACUUGUUCUGCAUGUCACCAGCUCAGUUCUUCCUUGCUUGAGCCAACACAACAUGCACAGACGUAGAUGUCCUCGUGCUGUGUCUGCAAUGACGUCGCCAACACAAAAUGUAGAAAGAUUAACAACUUUAAAGACCGAGUACAAAGACAACUGGUUUGACAGUAUCGCCAUUAAUCAUCUGUCUAAGAGCGUACAAGAAACUAUAGGAUUUAAAAGUAGCAAGAAGGGAUAUGAUGGUCUGGUGGAGGCCACAACAGCUGCAAGGCAGCACUUCAGCCCGGACCAACAAAGACAACUGGUCAUUCAGGCACUUGAUAAAGCUUUUCCUAAGCCCAUCCUCUCUUUGAUCAGGACAGUGCUACCACCGUCUAAACUUCAAAGGGAAUAUUUUGCUGCGUUCACUACAAUAUUCUUUCCCUGGCUAGUUGGCCCCUGCGAGGUAAAAGAGUCGGAGUUCAAUGGAAAACAUGAGAAAAACGUUGUCCACAUAAAAAAAAUGCAGGUAUGUCAAUUUUUCAGGUUUUUGGAGGAGAGCAAUUGCGUCAACAUGUGCACCAAUUUAUGUAAGAUGCCUUCUCAAGCUUUCAUUAAGGACUCAUUUGGAAUACCAGUCAACAUGGUUCCCAAUUUUGAUGAUAUGAGCUGUGAGAUGAUAUUUGGCCAGGAACCACCUGCACAGAGCGAUGAUCCAGCAUUUAAGCAACCAUGUUACAAACUAUGCAAUGCAAAGCAAAAGCACAGUACAUCCUGCACUAGCUAAUCCAGAAGAGCGAAAGCCUGGUGCCGUUCUACGAAUUCUAAAGGACUUGUCAAAAUGUAUGUCAAAGUAUUCUUCAACGAGAUGCGGAUGAUGAAGAUCCACUAAAAUAUAUAAUACUUGAAUAAUUAUGAUCUUGUCUAUGCUACUUAGGCGAGCCUUGAUGCAAGAUUGUAAAAACCAUAUAUUUAUCGUUUGUUUUUAUAAAUCAGAUAAGAAAAGAUGGCCUAUAUACAUUGGCUUAUAAAAA